AUGCUCUGGUUCCCGGACUUGACACAACACGACCCGUACUACAUGCUCCCCGUCCUCUCGGGCCUCUCUCUGCUGGCGUAUUCCAGCACGCAGGCUCGCGCUGCGCCAGCCCUCGAUCCGCUCCUUCGUCGGCAUGCCGCCGAUGCCGACGGCGGCCUCAUCCUCCGCGAGUGA